AUUCAGCGCGUUUGUUGUGUCUUCUGAGGUGAGUCGAGCUGACUUAUUUACACAUCCUUAAAAAACACUUUGCACAGUUAGUUUAAUCAACUUUCUACGAGGUUAUUUCUAAAAAAAUUUAUCUGAUAAAACACUAAAUAUGCGCCUGUUCUGUAGGAAACUAAAGUCAUGAACGAUUUCGGGGUUUUUUUAAAGCUUUUAGAGUGAUAAUGUUAGCGUCAUUGAAUGUUGAACGUCAAUGCUUGAUCUGUGAUUGUUGUGCUUUGAACAUAAAUGCUGACAUAUUUACUAAUGUAGUUUUGCAGUAAGGGGUUUUAUUUGCUUCAAUUCUUCCAUUAAGAUGCUAUGGCUUGCUUGUAAACCAAAUAGAGAGAUCUGGGGCCUGUACCAUGAUGGAAGCUGAACAAAUUCAGAGUUUGAGUUGACAAAACCAAACCUCUCCGGUCCGGCUUUGUUGGUACCAUGAUGCUGAUCAUCAACUUUCUUUGUCAACUCAGGCUUUGAUCCUGAGCUUGUGGCGCGCAAUAUGUGACAUCACUGGCGAACAGCCAAUCACGAGCCUUGCAACACAAAGCAAGUUUGAUUUACUUCUCGCGAGAGACCCAGCGAGAUUGAAAACUAAAGGUUAAAGGUUUUGCUAAAGGUUCAAAGAUUGGAGAAUAUGACAAAUUUAAACAUCAUAGGAAACAUGUAAGAGGGCAAAUCAAAUAAAUUAUCUUGCUCUAUCAGGGCAGUGACAAGUGAAACUUGUUAAUUUGGAAAAUAUGUGUUAUAUGACAACACAUAUUUGGAGCAUAUGUGUUGUCAAACUAACAAAAAUGCUUUCUUAAUUUACUGGUGCUUUUUCUAUUUGCAUGUGUUUUCUAUUCACAUUGAGCUCAUUGUACCGGUUUCAACAGACUUAAACACCACGAUAAGCUAUUGUGACUUCUACUAUCAAAACAGCAUUUAUUCAUUAAUCUGUGACAAACCAUGUUUCAUGUAAAUCACAAACAAAAUAUUUGUUAGAAAGUUAGUAGAUUAUUUCUUUCUUAAACUAAUUUUUAUGUUUGUGUGGACAGUCUGAAGGACAUUUCUAUAGCUUUAUUUACUUCUUAUUUUCCAUAAUGUAUAUUCUUUAUUUUAUUAUAUGUUCUAUUUGCACAGGAUUUGGCCUUCAGUAUUUUCUCUGUGUAUGUGGCUAAACUUUCGGUUAGCAUUCCUCCAACAAAGGAGCCGGCUAGAGCUAGUAUGAAGAGAUAAAGCUGAAGGUCAAAGUAAAUCUUGCACAGCCUUUUCCAGUAAAACAGAGACUCUACUGAUUUGCCUCCUGUCUUUUCUCUCUACAGAGCGUCUCUAGCGUGUUAGAUUGACCAUUCUUGCAAGAAUUAAAGGAUCAAACAGAAGGUUUUCAUUCUCAGUUUCACAUUUAAUUACAGAUUUAGGAAUUUUCCACAUGAGAACAUGACAGAUCCAGAACCCUGCAGGAUGGAACACACUGAAGAACAAACAGAAUUGAUUGAAGAAAACGAGGAGAACGAAGGACUGAAUGAAAAGCAGGAGAAACAUCAUGUCAGAACUGGAGAAAAACAUUUGAGUCACUCUCAAACCAAACAGAAAGUUUUAAAGAAAAGAAGAGACAAGAAAUCUUUCACCUGCAUUCAGUGUGGAAAGAGUUUGACAAGCAAACCGAAUCUUGAGGAUCACAUGAGGAUUCACACUGGAGAGAAACCGUACACGUGUGAUCAGUGCGGGAACAGUUUCAGACAAAAACAAAAACUGAAGGUGCACACGAGAGUUCAUACAAUAGAGAAACCCUUCACAUGUGAUCAGUGCGGGAAGAGUUUCAAACAUUCAUCAAACCUAAAGCAACACAUGAAAAUCCACACCGAAGAGAAGCUGCAUGCAUGUGAUCAAUGUGGGAAAACAUUUCUGAGGGUUUCAAACCUGAAGAGGCACCUGAAAGUUCAUACGAAGGAGAAACCAUAUUCAUGUUCUUUAUGUGGAAAGAGUUUUUCACUGCUGGAAAGUUUGAAACUACAUCAGAAGAUACACACCGGUGUGAGAGAAUAUAUGUGCUUUGAGUGUGAGAAGACUUUUAUUACAGCUGUACAACUGAAACAGCACCAGAGGAUUCACACCGGAGAGAAACCAUACAAGUGUUCAUACUGCGACAAGAGAUUCACUCUGUCAGGAGUCCUAAGAAAACACGAGCGAAUCCACACUGGAGAGAAACCUUACAAGUGUUCACACUGCGACAAGAAAUUCAUUCGGUUAGAAACCCUGAAAGUACACUGGAGAAAAACCUUAUGCUUCUUAUCAAUGUGGGAAGUGUUUUGCACAAAAAGGACACCUUACUAG